UAAUGAAUCGGACCAGAUAGAUGUUUAUUGGAUUGGAUCACCAUCAACCGAAAUAAAAUCAGAUCCGGCCCACACGUUGUACCCAAUGGGACAAAAUCAUUUUUAGAUAUGCCCUAAUAAGUACAAUUGUCUUUGAUCAUCAUCAGCAUCAACGUCAUGGUGUCCGUUUUUGAUCAAACUCUUCCCGGUAACAAGUUUAAUCUCCCUUUGUUUUUAUCCUUACAUUAUAUUAGGUUUGUUUCUUUUUUAAUAAUAUUUCUGCUUGUGUGCUCAUAUUGUUCCAAGCCCACGUCCUCUUUAACUAAGUAGUACUUUUAAUAAUUCGUUGAUCGGGUGCUCGAGUAUUGUAAGCUAGGCAUCCCAAGUUAAACUUUUUAAGUUGCACUGUGUGGAUCAUCGGAUUGACAAGUCGCGUGUGUGUAAGUGGAUUGAUGCAGCAGUGAGGUUAAACGUUUGUGAGCUUGAUGUUCUGCCUCAUAGUUUGUCAUUGAAAGUAUACGACCUUUCCAAAAAUGAUUACAACUUCAACAUUCCUACUUUGAAACACAUGAAAUUGAGGAUUAUUAAGAGACGUGUAUCCGGUAUCCACAAAGUUGUUCUAAAUGUUCCUAAGCUUGAGGACCUGUAUGUUCGAUUAGAUAUGUCCACAGUAGUUUUUGUCAUGGAAGAUUUAUCAUCUCUUAUUUCGGCUAAAUUAUCAAUUUACAAUGAUGGAUGUCAUCCUUUUUGGGUUGAAGUUUUAAAAGGAUUAAGUGGAGCUAAAUCACUUACGUUUGUUGUGCACGUUGAUCUAAAGACACCAUCCGAUACACAAAUACCCAAUUUUCCGUAUUUAAAGCACUUGGAGUUCAAAGUCAGUUCUUCUUACAAUGAUUGGGAUUGGCGAUUAUUUCAUCAAAUGCUAGAAAACUCUCCUGAGUUGGAGCAUUUAUGUGUUAUGAUGAAUCCCAAAGAUCAAAAAGAUUCCUCCUGGAUUGAGCCGCAGUCAGUCCCGACUUGCAUACUAAACAACCUUAGAACAAUGAAGUUUGCAAAUUUCAAGGGGCGGAAAUCCCAUCUACAGUUUUUUUGCAUACUUGUUGGGGAAUGCAGAGGCUUUGACGAAGCUGACAGUAAUACUCAGAUUUAUGUUUUAGUUAUGUUUUUCUUCAUGAUUUGUGAAGGAAUUAAGGUAUAAAAGGUAGAUUAGAAAUAUUUAUCAAUAUGCAUAUGUAUAGAUAAUGGGGGAAAGGAUGAAGUACAAAGGAGGUGGGAAGGGGUAUUUAUACAUGUAACCUAUUUUUUACUAAUACCCCUUCCUCACUAAGAAAGUUACAAUUUAACACCACAAAUUUUAUAGCUAACACUGACAAUCACCACGCGUGAUAUCCUACCUCUGGAAGAAGAAAUGCAGUUGAGUGCAGAGGUGUUGAAGCUUCCAAAGGCAUCCAGGUACUGCAAGAUUCAUUUUCUUGGAAGGCAGUCUUAUUCCGCAACUAGUUAGAUUCCUGAGAAGAAAAUUAUCUGAAUUAUGUAAUGAACCUGGUUGUGUGGUUUGUUUUACAUUUGUGGAUUGGGUUGAUCAAAAAGUAUUUGGGUGUUAGUCAAUACCUAAUAUUUCAGAAAUGUUUAAACCUUAACAAAUA